UGAAACGUUUACGUAUUCGAAACAAAAACACCAAGAAAACCGAGGAAGCUUUGCGGUAAACGAUAUACUACCCAGAAAUUAAUUGUUGUUCAUAAAAGAGCUCUUUUGCGAUGAAGGUAUGUAAAGUCACUUCACUUCCAAGAUGUCUUCGCGAAGGCGACACAAGUGGGCAAUCGACUUCGUUGGGAGGACUCGAGGGGAGAGGCAGAUUGCCACAGCUGACUUGCGUCCACCUGUGGGAUAUUCAGACACAACUGUGUCAACCGAUCAUGCUAAUAAAGAGACAGAUGUAGACUUGAUUGCAAAGAGAUCCUGGGACAUUGCGCUUGGGCCAAUUAAGCAGGUUCCCAUGAAUUUCUUCAUCAUGUGGAUGGCAGGCAACACUAUUUCCAUCUUUCCUAUCAUGAUGGUUGGCAUGAUGUUCUUCAGACCUAUCCAGGCCUUUAUCCAGAUUCAGUCAACUUUCAAGAUGAUUGAGGGGAACCAGUCUCCCGUGCAGAAGUUUGUGUACUUUCUGGGCAAUCUGGUGUGUCUUGGGCUGGCUGUGUACAAGUGCCAGGUGAUGGGUCUGUUGCCAACACACGCUUCAGACUGGCUUGCCUUUGUGGAACCCUUAAAGAGAUUAGAGUGGUCUGGUGGUGGCCUACAUCUGUAACAGUCAUCAGAGGUAGAUGAGGGAGUGGCCUUCACCUGUGACAAGGAGGGACAGAUCUAUUGGUCGCCUGUGACGUUGAGUGGAGGAGUGUGGCAUGGCUGUAUCUCUGACUAAACUUUCAGAGACAACUGUGGUGCAUUUCACUUGAUUAAUACAGGCGUUCUUCUGGUGUUUUCAUGAAGCACCAUAUCUGCUACGCAUCGAAAAUGGUGAAGAAUUUGGUGUUGAUAGAUAACAUUACUGUCAUUUUCGCAUAUAAAGGAGACAAAGGAGACACUGUUCUGGCUUAGAAGAAUCAAACCUGUGGAUCAAGUGGGACUCAGAAUGUGCAAAGUUCAUAUACAUGUUGGGAAUCAACUAUAUUUAAUUGGUUUUCAGAAAGUGUUACGUUGUUUAAGCUUAUAUUUGAUUGAUUCAUCUGUAUAUAAGCUCUCGUAAUUCAGUUGUAUCUGUCAAUAGGACAGAGAGUACUAAUUGUACAUGUUUUGCUGGAGUUUGAUUUCAUUAUGGAAUAUUUAUAUAUGAAGAAUCUACAAGAAAACAGCUGUUGGUCUCAGUGUUUGUAUUAGGGUUCGUAUGGUUUAGAUUAAAUUUUAAGAAAUGGGGUUUGAAAGAGAAAAUUGUCAAUUGUCAUAAGUGUUCAAAAAUAAACAGUUCCUUAA